AUGUCCAGACGAAUGAACUUACUGAAUAUAGAAAAGAACAUUCAGAAUUUAUGGAAAGAGCACAAUGUAUAUGAAAAAGAAUUUAUUGAUAAUAAGGAAACAAGGUUUACAGGUAAUUUCCCUUACCCCUACAUGAACGGAUUAUUACAUAUUGGCCAUGCAUUUACAUUAAGCAAAUUGGAAUUUUUAAUUCGUUAUAAAAAUAUGACAUGUCAGAAUGUUUUGUUACCAUUUGGUUUUCAUUGCACAGGCACACCAAUUGUUGUGUGUGCAGAUAAGUUGAAAAAAGAACUGAAAAAUAAAGUGCUAGGGAGGGGAGGGGCAAUAGGAGAAGAAGCAGGAGUAGGAGUAGAAGCAGGAGUAGGGGUAGAAACAGGGUUGGAGGGGAAGGAAAAACGGGAAUUGACAGAUAAGAGACUAGAGGGAUGCCAAAAGUAUACGUCCGAGAACAGGGGCGAAAUGGAAAGUGGAAAACAAGUAGAUGUAACAGUUUUCAGAUCAAACAAAAGUAAAGCACAAUCGAAAGGAUCAAAACAAAACACACAAUAUGAAAUAAUGAAACAAAUGGAUAUAAAAGAUGAGGAUAUUCAUCAUUUUCAAGACCCACAAUAUUGGUGUUAUUAUUUUUCAACAAAAACAAAAGAACAUUUAAAUGCUUUAGGAUUAUUUUGUGAUUGGAGGAGAUCCUUUAUAACUACAAAUAUAAAUCCGUAUUAUGACAAAUUCGUGACCUGGCAAUUUAAUACAUUAUAUAAAAAGAAUUUAAUUUAUUAUGGAAGGAGAAUAACUAUCUUUAGCCGAGUUAACAAUCAGGCAUGUGCAGAUCAUGAAAGGUCAGAAGGGGAAGGGGUAAAAUGUCAAGAAUUUACUUUAAUUAAAACAUAUAUAUAUGAUCAUAAAGAAUUUUAUGAAAUUUUCAUAAAAAAUUUAAAUACAAAUUUUUCUCCGUCUGAAAAGGAAAAUUCUUUUUUAAAAAAUCAAAUUCUAAAUAUAAAUUUUUUUAUUCAAAAAAAAGUCAUUCUAUUAGCUAGCACAUUAAAACCAGAAACAGCAUAUGGUCAAAAUUACACUUUUAUUAAUCCAAAUGAAUAUUACUAUGUGAUCUUAGGAUUCAAUAAGCAAAUGUUGCAUUAUGGAGAUAAAAAUUAUGUCAACAAUAUUAUGUCAAGAGAACAGAUGAUAAACACUUGUGAAAAUGUGUAUGUAUGUUCAGAAAAUAGCUUAUACAAUUUGGCAUAUCAGGGAAUAAUACCGCUUCUCCCAGUAAACAAACGAAGAGACAUCAAGCGAGAUGAGCCCAAAUCUACUACAAACAUUUUUGAAAAAAACAGCUUAAAUGUCAAAACUGCUCAGGAGGAGCAGAACAACAACAGCGGAGAAAACAAUGACAAAAAGAACAAAAGCACGAAUGAACAGGAUAGAAGGUACAGCGACCUAUUCAUACUGAAGAAAAUAAAAGGGGAAGAAUUAAUUGGCUUGCGAACGUAUACAAAUUUGGCGAAAAAUAAAAACAUGUAUAUACUACCCAUGACAACCAUAAAAAUGAACAUUGCUACAGCUAUUGUACCAUGCGUAUCCAGUGAUAGCGUAGAUGAUUAUGCAUGUCUACAAGAUAUUAAAAAAAAACAAAAUUAUUAUUGUGAAAAGUAUAACUUGAAAGAGGAAUAUCUAAACAAUGAAAGCUGUUCUUGUAUAGAACUACCAGAAAUCGGAUCCAACACGGGAAAAUAUUUCUAUGAAUUGGAAAAAAUAGCUUCAUAUAAAGAUGCCAAAUUGCAAAAAAUUAAAGAAACCUUGUAUAAGAAACAGUAUUUUGAAGGCACCAUGAUAGUAGAUCCUUAUCGUGGUAUGAAAAUUUAUCAAUGUAGAAAAUUGGUGAAACAAUAUAUUUUGAAAAAUAAUGAAGGAUUCUUAUACAGUGAACCCGAAGUGUUAGUUAUGGAUAGGAAUAAUGAAAAAUGCAUUGCUGCCUUGUGUAAUCAAUGGUAUAUAAACUAUGGAAAUUUAGAAUUUAAAAAAGAUGUACUUAUACAAAUGAAGAAAAAUAAUUUUCAAACUUAUAACGAGGUUUUACAGAAGCAAUUGCAACAUGUCAUCUUUUGGCUUGACGAUUGGUCAUGCAGCAGAGCGUACGGUCUAGGAACAAUCAUGCCCAAGUUUAAUGUGGGUAAAGCAGAAAAAUGUGAAGCAGUGGGUAAAGCAGAAAAAUGUGAAGCACAGGUAAAUCACCCAACGGAUACUUAUAAAAUACUUGGUGAAGAAAAAAGCGUUGACGAGGUCAAGGAACGAUUAGAUGGAGAAACCGAAUUGAUUGAAAGUCUCUCUGAUUCAACCAUAUACAUGGCAUACUACACAAUUAGCCACUUCUUACAGGGGAAGGAAGAUGGAAGUGAACGUGGAUUGCUAGAUAUUGAUGCAACUGAUUUGAAUGAUGAAUUUUUCGAUUAUGUUUUUGACAUUAGUAAUGAUACAAGUAAGAUAAAUAAAAACAUAAGUUUGGAAAAGUUGCAAAAGAUGAGAAACGAAUUUCAGUAUUGGUACCCAUUUGAUGUUAGAAUUUCAGGAAAGGAUCUAAUUUUCAAUCAUUUAACAAUGGCUUUAUUUAAUCAUGUAGCAAUAUGGGGAAAGAAAAUUUACAGUAAUAAGAACAAAGAGUACAAUGAUGAAAAGGGGUACCUGGAAAGACAAAAUGAAAUAUUACAUGAAAUUGAACAAAUAGAUUUAGAUUCAUGCGAAACUGUUAAAUAUUUCCCCAAAUCCUUUUUUUGUAAUGGACAUGUAUUAGUAAAUAAGGAGAAAAUGUCCAAAAGUAAAGGAAAUUUUAUUUCAUUAAAACAAAGUAUAGAUCAAUACACAAGCGAUGGUACAAGAAUUGCAUUAGCAGAUGCAGGGGAUUCAAUUGAAGAUGCAAAUUUUAAUACAGAUACUGCAAAUAGUGCCAUUAUGAAAUUAUACAAUCUGAUAAAUUUCUCUAUUGAAACAAAAAAUAAUGUAUAUAUAUUUAGAUGUGGGGAAAAAACAUUUAUCGAUUUAAUUUUCGAAAAUGAAAUAAAUUAUUUGACCAAUAAAUGUAAAGAAUCUUAUGAAAAGCUACUUUUUAGAGAUGUACUAAAAUAUGGGUUCUAUGAUAUGCUACUAAAAAGAGAUACAUACCGAAUUAUGUGUGAUAAAAUACAUAUGCACAAAGAAACUGUAAACUUUUUCAUAGAACGUAUAUGCAUAAUCAUAAAUCCAUUAAUACCGCAUGUGACCGAACAUAUAUGGACAUACAUUUUGAAAAAAGAAAAAUUCCUCGUAAACCAAAAAUGGCCUUCUUUAGAACACACUAGUUAUUCCAUUGUUAUGCAUAAGCAAUAUAACAACCUCCUCAAUGUUGUAGAAAUUUUUAGAAAGUCAUAUGACAAGGUAAUUAAUAAGAACAAUAAGCAAAAAUCCAAGGGAAAUACAAAUUCUGCAACUACUGUAAGUGUGUCCCAAACUGACAGUAGCCGUGGUAUAACCAACAAUGAAAAGGACAAGGGGGAAAAAAACAACACAAAAGAAAAACAUGUGUAUAAUUCAAAAACUAUGGAAAACUUGAAAAAUGCUUCCGAACAAGUAGAAGAAACAGAAGAAGCAAAAGAAACAAAAGAAACAAAAGAAGCAGUUGCAACAACUUAUCAAGAUAAAGCAAGUUCAACAAAAGUAGAACAGCCAGUGGAAAAUGAAACGGAAGAAAUAUACAAAGAAGAUGAUGAUGAAGGAACAAAAUUCAAAGCAAUCGUUUAUGUUGCAAGGGAAUACAAUGAUACACAAAAAAAAAUCAUCGAAAUUUUAAAUCGAAUUAUAAACAAUAGUGAAGAAAAGAAGCUCCCAAAUAAUUAUAUAAACCUGUUAGUACAAAAUGAAUAUGUAAAUAAACUACCGAAAAAUGAAAAAAAAGAAAUUCUAAGCUUUGCUACUUUUCUUGUCAAGGACAAUGUCACCCUGAAUAACAACCAGUACGAGUUAAGUCUCCCAUAUGAUGAAAUACAAUUAAUAAAAAAUAACGUCGAGUUUAUUAGGAGGAGUCUAAAUCUUGGAGAUAUUCACAUUCUUGAAAAUACAAACAAGGCAGCAAUUGACAAUACCGACAUUUAUAAGUUGGCAAAUCCUGGAAACCCCUCCAUUUUUAUGUACAACACGAAUUCCUGA